UUUUCAAAGAUGCCAUUUGUGGGCCACGCGAUGUUUUUCCUCAUUCGUCUUUUUAUGAGAUCGGCCCACAAUUAAUCAAUGUUUACACGAGAAGUAGAGACCGGAACGUGGCUCAUGAUAUCUGCUUUACGGGUUUUUUGGUUGAUUUUAAUCGUUUCAAGAGUGGAAAAUUUGAUACCAGCCGCCUUGGUUUCCAUGAGAAAUGGUUUAAAGUUCAAAGCUUUUGACAGAGUCAAGGAGUCGAGUCGUUCUAAUGCGAGUCAAUGCAGAAAAUGAGUAGGAUACUUCCUCACCUCCUCGGACUCUUCGGCCGUGUAGUGAGUAUGAAGGGAUUUCCCAAAUGCACAGACCUCGGCCUGCUUUUACAAGUCUCCCUUCUCCAGUUCCCGAGUCUACUGCCGUGUUAAACUGAGAAACUCCAUAAUAUAUUGUGAAGCCAGCAGGAGCAACAAAAAUAAGUACCCGAACACGUUGUUUGCUUUAUCGAUCCAUAGAGCGAUAGGUUGUUGCUGGUGAAUUGGGAGUUUAAUUGGGAUAUGGCUUCUGUCUCCCUCUUUGUUUUCUUUCUUGUCUCAUACCUCGGGUUGCUUCUGUCGGCCGGACAAGAAGAAUCAUACACCAAGAACUGUCGUCCCCUUCAUUGUGGAGAUCUGGACAGCAUCGGAUUCAUCAAUAAUAUCACACACCGAAACUGUGGUAUUGGCAUCGUAACUUGUAGCAAUGAAACUGAGAGGAUCCAACUGGUGAUUGGUGAAAGACAGUACGAACUUACAAGGAUUAGGAUUAGAAUUGAUCCUCAGCGUAAAGUUUAUUUCCUGCGUAUGCGGGGCCAGAAGGUUUCGGGGAACUUUUCGUCCGAUAGAUGCGAAUUCCAAAUGACCAUACACCCCGGAUCUUCAUCCAUCCCCUUUCAAUUCAAUUCACCCCAGAUGACCCUGUUCAAAUGCGACGCUGUCCAGCAGCAUCUUGGCUCGAUGAAAUUUAACUGCGGAGACUAUUAUUUCUACGAUCGUCAAACAACCUAUGGCAUUCCUUCUGGAUGUUCCAUUAUUCAGCUCCCAAUAAAGCCGCCGCCAAGUGACCGUGAAUGGUAUCCACCAAUCGUAACCGCUGAGUUCGAACUUCAAGUGAAUGUGAAUGUGUCUGAUGAUUGUUUCCAGUGCGAUGAGAAAGAAGGACAAUGCCAGAUCGAAAGAAACAUAGAUUGUCCAAAGAAAGGGAAGAAGAGUAAAGUGUUGGCGAUAGCCUUGGGUGUUGGAUGCCCAGCGAUCGUCAUUAUAAUUAUUUGCUUGUGGCGUUCUUACAAGAAAAAAAAAGCUUCCUCAAACUCUUUGGCGAGGAAUACUUAUGCUGUUCAAUCCUCAAGAUCAGACCUGGAAGUGGGGAGUGUCUACUUUGGAGUGCAUAUUUUCCCAUACAGUGAACUUCAAGAAGCAACCAAUAACUUUGAUGAUGAAAAAGAACUUGGAGAUGGUGGAUUUGGGACUGUGUAUUAUGGGAAACUCCGUGAUGGGCGGGAAGUUGCAGUCAAGCGCCUAUACGAGCACAACUGCAGACAAGUACAACAGUUCAUCAAUGAAGUUGAAAUUCUCACGCGCAUGCGCCACAAAAAUCUAGUGUCCCUUUAUGGGUGUACUUCACGCCGCAGCCGUGAACUACUACUCGUGUAUGAAUACAUUCCCAAUGGCACUGUUGCAGAUCACAUCCAUGGAGAUCGAGCAGCACCUGGGUCACUCUCAUGGCCUACUCGUAUGGGCAUCGCCAUAGAAACAGCCAGUGCAUUGGCUUUCCUCCAUGCUUCUGAGAUCAUACAUCGUGAUGUGAAAACCAAUAAUAUUCUCCUUGACAUGAACUUUAGCGUCAAAGUUGCAGAUUUUGGGCUUUCUCGACUCUUCCCCAAUGAUGUCACCCAUGUCUCAACAGGACCUCAAGGGACUCCGGGCUAUGUUGACCCCCAAUAUCAUCAGUGUUACCAGCUUACGAAAAAGAGCGAUGUCUACAGCUUUGGGGUUGUCCUCAUUGAGCUCAUAUCAUCUCUCCCAGCUGUUGAUAUAACUAGGCAUCGGCAUGAAAUAAACUUGGCUGACUUAGCCUUAAACAAGAUUGAACAGCGCGCACUCCAUGAGUUGAUCGACCCAUAUCUUGGCUUUCAGUCAGACGGCGAAGUUAAAAGGAUGACCAUUUCAGUCGCAAGCUUGGCUUUCCAAUGUAUACAGGGGGGCCAGGAACUUAGGCCUUCCAUGGUAGAGGUUUUGGAGGCAUUAAAGGGUAUUCAAAGUGGUAAGGAUACUGGACCUUUAAAUGUACACCCACCAACUUCACCGGAUUGUGAUGACGUUGUAUUAUCGGACAAAAUACAUGAGCUGCCACCUUCACCAAAUGCUGUGACUGAUAACUGGACUAGUACUAGAUCCUCUACACCCAAUAUCAGUGGUUAAAUUUCUUCUCCAUUCUGUUAAGUUUUUCAAGUAGAUGAUAAGAUAAUGUGUUGAGAUUUCAUUAUCAUCACAUCUACUUAAUUGUUAAUUUGUUCUUCAUAAAAGGCAUCUGUGGAUAAUUUAAAAUUUGGGGAAUGUAUAUAUUGAAUGGAAUGAUCGAGUAAUGUUAAUAUUUUUAAUCUGUGUUCUACCAAGUACUAAA